CCAAUGAGUAUGCUUGGGACACGUGAUGCCCGCGGAGGCAGCGCUGGAGGGAGGGGGUAUAAAGGGAGGAGAAGGGAGUCGCGCAGCUCCUGGAGGGGGCGGAGGACAAGAGCCACGGGCGAUCGAGAUGCAAGGCGGAGGAUCCUUGCUGCAUGCACCCUUAUCUCCGCAGUCCUUCAGUGGGAGCUUUGUGCACUGGCCGGUGCUGAGGCUGAGCUUGGAGAACAGCAGCUGCAGAGUCAGCGGUGGCGGUACUUGAGUCCUCAGCUCAUCUCCGGCGCCACUGCGGAGCCUGGGCCGUAAGGAGCCUUGGCAACCCAAGUUCCCGCCAUGAGCAGCUGGCUCGGGGGGCUCAGCUGCCCCAGGGACACGCAUCUGGGAGAGCGCGAGCGCAACGCCAAGCGGCCCCGAAGCGACUGAAGCUGCCUGCUACAGCAUAUCCAGCCACGGUCACCACCACCACUGCGUCCCUGCCUCCACCACCACUACCACCACCAUUACCACUACCACCACUGCUGCCGCCGCCGUCUCUGCUGCAGUAGUGUCUCCAAGCAGCAUGUCUCGCAGGAAGAUUUCAUCCGAGUCCUUCAGCUCUCUGGGCUCCGAUUACCUGGAGACCAGCCCGGAAGAGGAAGGGGAAUGCCCCUUGUCUAAGCUCUGCUGGAAUGGCAGCCGGAGCCCGCCAGGGCCACCUGGCUCCAGAGCAGCCGCUAUGGCUGCCACCCCAGUCCCCGCUGCCUCUGUCGCUGCGGCAGCUGCUGCAGUCGCCGCCGGGUCCAAGAGAGCCCAACGCCGCCGGAGGGUCAACCUGGACUCACUGGGCGAGAGUAUCAGUCUCCUGACGGCGCCCUCGCCUCAGACGAUACACAUGACUCUCAAGAGGACAUUGCAGUAUUAUGAACAUCAAGUUAUUGGUUAUAGGGAUGCAGAAAAGAAUUUCCACAAUAUCUCUAACAGAUGCUCCUCUGCAGACCAUUCCAACAAAGAGGAAAUUGAAGAUGUCUCAGGAAUUCUUCGGUGUACUGCUAAUGUACUCGGACUGAAGUUCCAAGAAAUUCAAGAAAGGUUUGGUGAGGAAUUCUUUAAGAUAUGCUUUGAUGAGAAUGAGCGAGUCCUUCGAGCUGUAGGCAGCACAUUGCAGGAUUUCUUCAAUGGCUUCGAUGCAUUGUUGGAACACAUUAGGACUUCAUUUGGGAAACAGGCCACUCUAGAGUCACCAUCUUUCCUAUGCAAAGAGCUUCCUGAAGGUACUCUCAAGCUCCACUACUUCCACCCCCACCAUACAGUGGGCUUCGCAAUGCUGGGAAUGAUUAAGGCGGCAGGAAAGAGAAUCUAUCACUUAAAUGUGGAAGUUGAACAAAUUGAAAAUGAGAAAUUUUGCUCUGAUGGUUCAAACCCAAGCAAUUAUAGCUGUCUUACCUUCCUUAUCAAAGAAUGUGAGACUACUCAGAUCACAAAGAACAUUCCACAAGGUACUUCCCAAAUUCCUACAGACCUCAGAAUCAGUAUCAACACCUUCUGCAGAACCUUCCCAUUCCAUUUGAUGUUCGACCCUAACAUGGUGGUCCUUCAACUUGGAGAGGGCCUACGAAAGCAACUUCGAUGUGACAAUCACAAAGUACUGAAGUUUGAGGACUGUUUUGAGAUCGUCUCUCCAAAGGUUAAUGCCACUUUUGAUAGAGUCUUGCUACGAUUGUCCACCCCAUUUGUGAUAAGGACAAAGCCUGAAGCUUCUGGUACUGACAAUGAAGAUAAGGUAAGUAAUCAUGUACUCCAGAUGCAUGAUGGCAUCUAGUUGAAUGGAUAAUUAUUUCAAUAAAUUAUAUAUGGGUUGUAGUUGUAAUUAUUAGGCAAGAGAACUUCAAGUGCCAUUUAUAAGAUAAGUGGUUUCUGGAUGUAUGUAGAAAUAGUUGGCUGUAUUCCCAGGCUUUUUAAUGUAGUGUCUACUUCAUUUGUUAAUUUAUUUCACCACAUAAAAAUAAGACACUUAUUAAUACUAGCCACAGCAAUUACAAAAUGAUAGAACUCAGUAAAAAUCCAAAAUUAUCAACUCAUGAAUAUUUCCAUGGACUGACCCAAACUGUGAGAGAAAUUUCAAGGUUGUGGGGUUGUCUGGCUUAUCUUUAAGCAAACAAAAAGAAAAAAAAUAAAAACAUGCUUUAUUUUGAUUAUGAUCUCUUUGAAAUUUCAGUCUCUGAUCAAUCCAUUUAUGAUUUGUGCAUGUGCUAAGGAAAAGAAAAAUAUAUCCCUUGUAAGUUGUAUAUGGACUCAUUAAAUUUUAGUAUUCAAAUUGACUUAUCUUUGUAAACAACUUCACUACUUGAGAUAACAUAAUGCGUAGUAUUUAGUCGAGCUUUCAUCUUUUAAAUUUUCAUUUGGAAAUCUGGGUCAUAAGACUUUAAGUACCUAAUAAAAAGACACUAGAAAUAAAACUGAAAAUAGUUGAGUUCCUCCAAACAUUUGUCUCUCAGGUACUUUAAAAAAAUAGCUGAGAGUAAUGCAAUAUGAAAUAUAAGAAAAAAUCAGUGUGAAUACUUUUACCUUUUUGGUGAUAUACUUUAGUAAUCCAUAGGAAGAGCAUGUUAACUUUAAGGGUGAAUAUUUGUAUGUAUACUCAUUUAGUUUCCAAUAAUGCAUUUUCAGUCUCUUCAUCAUAGCACACAUAGCUAUUUUGAACUAUUCCAUGGGAUUCUAAGUGAUUUGGGGAGAUCCCUGAUUUUUAAAAUGUACAGGACAGAAGAUUGUAGAACAAAAAAGUUGACUAAGUGAAUAAUUUACCUGUGUUCUGAAGUUUGUAAAUGAAUAAUUUACCCAUGUUCUGAAGUGUCUGCAGUGAUAAGUCAAAGAAGAAAUGACUUCUGGAAACCAUAAGUAAUGAUUUUUUUAUUAGAU